UUGUUAUGUCAUGUUAGGUUGCUGAAACACGAUUUGCAUCUCACACGCUUGUCUUAAGACGACUUCUGAAGGUGCGAGACGCCUUGAGUUCUAUGGUCAUCAACAGCUUGUGGAGUGUAUGGAAGCAGUCCCACACAGAAAGAGCUCUAAAAGUAAGAGCAUUGAUCCUUAGUGAGAAAUGGUGGGAUGAUGUGGAAUAUGUUUUGAAUUUCACUGAGCCCAUCAUGAGCAUGAUCAGGUAUGCUGAUACUGAUCGCCCAUGUUUGGGCGAGAUUUAUGAUGGCAUGGAUUGCAUGGUGGAAAAAAUAAAAGAAGUAAUAAAUAGAAAAGAAAAUGACCCAACGGAAACAUUUUUCAAAGUUGUGCAGAAAAUUGUUGUUGACCGUUGGAACAAGAUGACCACCCCCUUACAUCUCUUAGCAUUUGCUUUGACACCAAAAUUUUAUAGUGCAGAGAUGCUUGCAACACCAAGGAGGGUGCCACCAUAUAGAGAUGCAGAGGUUGCUUCUGGCUAUAGGGCUGCCUAUAAAAAGAUAUAUCAAGAUGAGGAGACAAGAAAUAUUGUCAUGAGGGAGUUUGGCCAAUUUGUAUCUGCAAAAAAUCAUGAUGUUGUAGCUCUUAAUGCUAGAUAUGGGAUGGAUGCUGAUGAGUGGUGGUAUGUACAUGGUCAAGGCUCCAUUUACUUGCAGCCUCUUGCAAUUAAACUUAACUCCCAAGUUGCAAGUUCUUCUUCAGCUGAGCGGAAUUGGAGUACAUACUCCUUCAUCCACUCAGUCAAACGUAAUCGUUUGGGUGCAAAGAAAGCUGAGGAUUUGGUCUACGUACACUCCAACCUUCAUUUGUUGUCACAUAAGGACCCUGGAUAUAGUGAGGGUGUAACAAGCAAUUGGGAUCUAGCCCCUGAGUGUGCUGAUUUAGAUGCUACAGUUGCACAACUUUGCCAAAUCUCUAUAGACGAGGCAGUUAUGGAAUUUGAGAGAGACAUAGCUAGUGGGAGUGGCAUUCCAUUUGAUAUUGGUUCAACUGAUGCUGAAUUUGAACCACUUGAUGACCAUGGGCUUGGGUUGGAUGCUUCAGAUGAAGAUGAAUAUGGAAUUUAAAUCCCAUAGAUGGCUUGUAAUUUGAAUGUUUAACUUUAUACUUUAUUGUGUCAUGACAUUUUCACAUUUUGAA